AUGGCGUCAGUGCAUGCUAAUGUGACAUCAGUUGUUUGCAAGAACGGCAACCAUGCUUCUCAAUCGAAGUUCCUGAAUUCUUCAUUCUUGCCUCGGUUCGAUGUUGUUGGGCGCUCUUCUAAUGCUUGGAAGAAGGAACCAGUUCCAUGUUCCAUUGCUUUGGUGCCUAGAGCCACAUUGACGUUCGAUCCUCCAGCUACUAAUGCAGACAAAACCAAACAAACGAAGCACACGGUUGAUCCUGCUUCUCCUGAUUUUCUUCCUCUUCCUUCCUUUGAACAGUGCUUUCCUAAGAGCACAAAAGAAUCCAGGGAAGUCGUUCAUGAAGAAACUGGUCAUGUGCUCAAGGUUCCAUUUCGACGGGUUCACUUGUCUGGCGAUGAAUCUCACUUUGAUAACUAUGAUACCAGUGGUCCUCAAAAUAUAAGUCCAAGGAUUGGACUACCAAAAUUGCGCAAAGAGUGGAUUGACAGGAGAGAAAAAACAGCUCCUCCAAGAUUCACUCAGAUGUACUAUGCUAAGCAGGGAAUCAUUACCGAGGAGAUGCUUUACUGUGCCACUCGCGAGAAGCUCGACCCAGAGUUUGUGAGGUCAGAAGUUGCUCGUGGACGAGCUAUCAUUCCUUCCAACAAGAAGCACUUGGAGUUAGAACCGACGAUAGUUGGAAGAAACUUUUUGGUGAAAGUAAAUGCCAACAUUGGAAAUUCUGCAGUUGUAAGUUCUAUAGAAGAGGAAGUUUACAAGGUUCAGUGGGCGACCAUGUGGGGAGCUGAUACAGUCAUGGAUCUCUCAACCGGUCGCCAUAUCCAUGAAACUCGAGAGUGGAUCUUAAGGAACUCUCCCGUACCAGUUGGGACUGUACCUAUUUAUCAAGCACUGGAGAAAGUUAAUGGAAUUGCCGAAGAUCUUAGCUGGGAGGUGUUUAGGGAAACCUUGAUUGAACAAGCUGAACAAGGUGUUGAUUACUUCACCAUCCAUGCAGGAGUACUUCUUAGGUAUAUUCCUUUAACUGCAAAGCGCAUGACGGGAAUAGUUUCCAGAGGAGGAUCGAUUCAUGCAAAGUGGUGCUUAGCUUAUCACAAAGAGAAUUUUGCUUAUGAGCAUUGGGAUGACAUUCUUGACAUCUGCAAUCAGUAUGAUGUGGCUUUGUCCAUUGGUGAUGGAUUAAGACCUGGAUCCAUUUAUGAUGCAAAUGACACAGCUCAAUUUGCCGAGCUUUUGACACAGGGUGAACUGACUCGUAGAGCAUGGGAAAAGGAUGUACAGGUGAUGAAUGAAGGACCUGGACAUGUUCCAAUGCACAAGAUUCCUGAAAACAUGCAAAAACAAUUAGAAUGGUGUAAUGAAGCACCUUUCUACACUCUCGGUCCUUUAACAACCGAUAUUGCCCCUGGUUACGAUCACAUCACCUCUGCUAUUGGUGCAGCAAAUAUCGGUGCACUUGGUACGGCUCUUCUCUGUUACGUGACCCCAAAAGAACAUCUCGGGCUGCCAAACCGCGAUGACGUGAAGGCUGGAGUUAUAGCUUACAAGAUAGCUGCUCAUGCUGCCGAUUUAGCCAAGCAACAUCCACAUGCUCAAGAAUGGGACGAUGCAUUAAGCAAGGCGAGAUUUGAGUUCCGAUGGAUGGACCAGUUUGCUUUGUCUUUGGAUCCAAUGACAGCCAUGUCCUUCCACGAUGAAACGUUGCCAGCAGAUGGUGCGAAGGUGGCUCAUUUCUGCUCGAUGUGUGGCCCUAAGUUCUGCUCUAUGAAGAUAACCGAGGAUGUGAGAAAGUAUGCUGAGAAACAUGGAUAUGGGGAUGUUGAGGAAGCUUUGAAGGAGGGGAUGAAUGCUAUGAGUGCUGAAUUUCUAGCUGCGAAGAAAACUAUCAGCGGAGAACAACAUGGUGAAGCUGGUGGAGAGAUUUACUUGCCAGAAUCUUACAUAAGUUCUAAGGAAGGGGCUAUAUAA